CACCUUAUUACUCAAAGGAAAGCAAAGGUUCAAUGCAUAGCAGAAAAUCUUAUGUAACUCAAUAAGAUUUCAAUGAUGCAUUGGAACUUGGAACACUUACGAAGAAAAGUGGUAGCAAUAUGAUAUUCAUUCGGUGAAUGUAAGAAGCUUCAAACACUACACCAAGAAGCAGUAUCUGAAUUCACAAAAAUGCUAUCUGCUACACUUCCCAUGUCUCUUACGUCCACCAUGUCUGCAAAAGCUUCCACAAUGCAAUCCCUAGGUUUCUCUCGCCGCGUGGUUCCUUCCGGCAGCCGUCUCUCGCCGGCGACACUCGCCGGAAUUUCAAUGGGUACCUCACUCUCAGUGGCUCCUCUCACAGUGAGAUGCUCUGCACUUUCAAGCGCUUACCGUGUUGAGGAAGGAAGAAAGUUUGCGGAGGCUUCAAAAGAUGGAAACUUGAUUCCGCUCUGUCAGUGCUUAUUCUCUGACCAACUCACUCCCGUUCUUGCUUACCGGAUUUUGGUUAAGGAAGAUGACAGGGAGGCUCCGAGCUUUCUCUUUGAGUCUGCAGAGCCUAAUUUCCAAGCUUCGAGUGUUGGGCGCUUUAGUGUUGUAGGAGCUCAACCAAAAAUUGAAAUUGUGGCAAAAGAAAAUAAAGUUACAGUAAUUGACCAUGAAUCUGGGCAUUUAACUGAGGAAAUUGUUGAUGAUCCUAUGGUGAUUCCCAGAAGAAUCUCAGAGAGUUGGAAACCCAUUCUUACCGAUGAACUUCCUGAUGCAUUCUGUGGUGGUUGGGCAGGUUAUUUCUCAUAUGACACAGUUCGUUAUGUGGAAAAGAAAAAACUACCAUUUUCAAAUGCUCCAAAGGAUGACAGGAACCUUGCAGACAUACACCUAGGCCUCUAUGAUACUGUGAUUGUAUUUGAUCAUGUGGAGAAGAAAGCAUAUGUGAUUCUUUGGGUGAGGAUUGACCGGUACUCCUCGGUUGAGAGUGCUUACAAGGAUGGAAUGGAACAAUUAGAAAAAUUAGUGGCCAAAUUACAAGAUAGCCCACCCCCAAGGCUGGCUCCAGGCUCUGUGGAUUUGCAUACACGCCAUUUUGGUCCACCUUUGAAGAAGUCAAGCAUGUCAUGUGAAGCCUACAAGGAGGCAGUUCUUCAGGCAAAAGAACAUAUUAAAGCAGGGGAUAUUUUCCAGAUUGUAUUAAGUCAGAGAUUUGAACGAAGAACAUUUGCUGAUCCAUUUGAAGUUUAUAGAGCACUGAGAGUUGUGAAUCCAAGUCCAUAUAUGACUUAUUUGCAGGUUUAUUUCUGUUUAACUUCUAAAACUGCUUUCUUCAUUCAGGAAAGUGCUAGGGGAUGUAUUCUGGUUGCUUCAAGUCCAGAGAUUCUUACGCGUAUAAAGAAGAAGAACAUUGUGAACCGACCAUUGGCUGGGACUGCAAGAAGGGGGAAAACACCAGCAGAAGAUGAAAGGUUAGAAGCGAUUCUGCUGAGAGAUGAAAAGCAAUGCGCAGAGCAUGUCAUGCUGGUUGAUUUGGGACGCAACGAUGUUGGAAAGGUCUCAAAAAAUGGUUCUGUUAAAGUGGAAAAGCUUAUGAAUGUUGAACGAUAUUCCCAUGUCAUGCACAUAAGCUCUACGGUUACCGGGGAGUUGCAAGACCAUUUGACCAGCUGGGACGCCUUGCGUGCUGCAUUGCCUGUUGGAACUGUCAGUGGAGCGCCAAAGGUGAAGGCCAUGGAGUUAAUUGAUGAGUUGGAGGUCACAAGGCGGGGGCCAUAUAGUGGAGGGUUUGGAUAUAUCUCUUUCUCUGGUGAUAUGGACAUUGCUCUUGCUCUCAGAACAAUAGUAUUUCCGUCAGGAACUAGGUAUGACACAAUGUACUCAUACAAAAACCUAAACCUCCGCCACGAGUGGAUUGCAUACCUUCAAGCUGGUGCUGGUAUAGUUGCUGACAGUGACCCUGAUGAUGAGCACCAAGAGUGUCAGAACAAAGCUGCUGCUCUUGCUCGCUCCAUUGACUUGGCCGAGUCAGCAUUUGUUGAUAAAUGAGAUCUCUGAUACCUCCAAUCACUGGA